AUGGAUUUAAAAAUAUUGGAACUAUUUAGUGGUAUUGGAGGAAUGCAUUAUGCCUUUGAGUACUCUCAACUUAAGGGUGAAGUUUGUUCAGCAAUGGACAUAAAUACGGUGGCGAAUACUGUAUAUGCCCACAAUCAUCCGUCGACUCCAGUGCUGAAUAACAAUAUACAAAAACUCAGUGCGAAAACUUUGGACAAAUUACAAAUCAAUACGAUAUUAAUGUCUCCGCCAUGUCAGCCGCAUACACGUGUUGGUCAGAAACGUGAUAUCGAAGACAAUCGUUCGGAUGCUUUAAAUCACAUCUGUGAGUUGUUACCCAUGUGCCCCUCUGUACAAUAUAUCCUUAUGGAAAAUGUCAAAGGAUUUGAAGAAUCAAUGGCCAGAGCGAAAUACGUUGAAGCAUUGGAAAAAUCCGGUUUCUAUUAUCGAGAAUUUAUUUUAACGCCCACACAAAUGGGUAUACCCAAUACACGGCAUCGUUAUUAUUGCAUAGCAAGAAAAGGCAAUGAUUUCCAAUUUAGUGGUGGGCAAAUUUUGACAACACUACCAGUCGAUAAUGCAAAUUUUGAAACCAAAACACUGCCAUCAUUGUUGGAACCACCUUCAUCCGAUGAAUUUCUGUUGGAACAAAAAAUUUUAAAACGGCGAGUGUGGUUAUUGGAUAUUGUCACAAAUGAAGCAACAAAUACAAUGUGUUUUACCAAGGCCUAUACCCAUUAUUGUGAGGGAACUGGUUCGGUGUAUUGUCCACUGUCAUUGGAAGAAAUGCAAGAAAUUUUUGGCAAAUUGAAACUAAUGGACGAAACUCAAAGCAGCUGUGCUGAAGAGCCAACAUAUUUGGAAUUAUUACAUAAAUUAAAAUUACGUUAUUUUACACCACGUGAAGUCUCCCGAUUAAUGUGUUUCCCCGACUCGUUUCAAUUUCCACCCGAGACAACAAAUCGUCAAAAAUAUCGUUUACUAGGAAAUAGUAUAAAUGUACAAGUUGUAGGUGAAUUAAUAAAGUUGAUGUGCAAAGUGUGA